AUGGAAAUCACAGAAGAUGCAGUUAGGGUGAAGGAGGAACCGAACGAUACUUGCCCAGAUGCAGAUGACGAUUAUAAUUUCGAUUUGGUGAACUCUUACGAAGCCAAAAACAUUGAAACAUUGCCAUUCCAUGAAUUAUCGUACAAUGACGUGAAUGUGGCUGGUCACCUGAAGUUAGAUGAAAAUAUACUAAUUAACUGCGAAUGCAAAAAUGUUAAAGUAAAACUACCAUCUCUACUGACAACCAUUUGCAAAUCAAAGCAUAGCCUACCUAUGAAAGGAGAAAACCAAAAUCAGACCACUUACUUGGAUGGAAAAAGCCCAAUAGUUUUGAUAAAGAAAGAUUUCAAUUAUCAUAAAAAAAAUAUUCAACCAAAAUUAUCCUAUGAAUACAAAAGAGAAACCAGUUUAAAUACACUUGUCAGCUUAUUUCGUGAAAAAAUUAGACCAUAUGAAAAUGAAAUUUGCUACAAGUCAUUUGCAUACAAAAGUAGUCAUUCACGUACAAAACCCUUCGAAUGUGAAGAGUUAUUUAAACAAAACAGUGACCUCAAACAUCAUAUGAAUGCUGUACAUGAACCCAAAGAACUCUUUGAAUGUGAGAUAUGUCAAAAAUCAUUUGGACAAAAACCUAUUCUGAACAGACACAUAAAUGCAGUCCAUAAUCGUAUUGAACCCUUCGAGUGUGACAUUUGUCAAAAAUCAUUUGAUUACCAAAGCGUCUUGAAAAGACACGUCAAUGCAGUACAUGAUCACAGUAAACCUUUUGAGAGUGAAAUUUGUCACAAAUCAUUUGGACAAAAAUGUAAUCUGAACAGGCACAUAACGACGCUGUUAAGGAAUACUAGCACGUUCCAAUUCAUUAGCGAAAACUAG